UAAGAUUUGAGGUGCAGGGGGAGAUCUGGGGUGCAGACCUGGGACCUGUGCAUGGGGGGGGAUGUGGGGUGAACCUCCCUUUUCAGAGGCCGGGCAGUGCUGUGUGUCACAACGUGGCAGCAUCUGGCUCCAGCCCAGGUGCCACCUCCACAGGAGGAGCCCGUGGGGCCACCAACCAGCUCGUUCAUUAGCAACCACAGCUGACCAGUUCCUGCUGCCCCGGCACCACCGGGCUCCCCUCUUCCUCUUUCCUUCCUGCUUGGGCUGGAACAAGAGGAUAAAGGGCCCCUAAAAUUGAUCCCAUGGGCAUGAUGCUCACGGGUGCCCGCACCAGGGUGGGGGUGAGCUCCGUGGUCCAUAGCCAGGACCCUCAAGGUGAACCCCAAGGUGACCCCAGCUUAUUUCCCCUCUACUCCACAUAGGGUUUUGGCCACGAUGGAGGUGACGGAGCCGGUGGCCAAACGCAUCCUGGUGACGGGUGGCACCGGCUUGGUGGGAAAAGCCAUUGAGAAGGUGGUGGCUGAUGGAGAGGGGCGCCCGGAUGAGGAGUGGAUCUUUGUGUCCUCCAGAGACGCCGACUUGACGAGUGCCACAGAGACCAAAGCCCUGUUUGAGCAGCACAGGCCCACCCAUGUCAUCCAUCUGGCUGCAAUGGUUGGAGGUCUCUUCAAAAACAUCCGCUACAACCUGGAUUUUUGGAGGAGAAACAUCCAUAUCAACGACAACGUCCUGCAUUCAGCGUAUGAGACAGGGGUGCAGAAGGUGGUCUCCUGCCUUUCCACCUGCAUCUUCCCGGACAAGACAACGUAUCCCAUUGAUGAGACCAUGAUUCACAACGGGCCACCUCACAGCUCCAACUUUGGUUACUCCUAUGCCAAGAGGAUGAUUGACAUCCAGAACAGGGGCUACUUCGAGCAGCACGGCUGCCGCUUCACCGCCGUCAUCCCCACCAACGUCUUUGGACCACACGACAACUUCAACAUCGAGGAUGGCCACGUCUUGCCAGGGCUCAUCCACAAGGUCUACCUGGCCAAACAGAAUGGCUCUGCUCUGACCGUCUGGGGCACAGGCAAGCCCAGGAGACAGUUCAUCUACUCCCUGGACCUGGCCAGGCUUUUCCUCUGGGUCCUACGGGAAUACGAUGAGGUGGAACCCAUCAUCUUGUCAGUGGGAGAAGAAGAUGAAGUCUCCAUCAGGGAGGCAGCAGAAGCUAUUGUGGAGGCCAUGGACUUCAGGGGAGAGCUUCUUUUUGACACCACCAAGGCCGAUGGGCAGUUCAAGAAGACAGCCAGCAAUGCCAAGCUACGGCGCUACCUGCCCAGCUUCCAGUUCACACCCUUCAGGCAAGCCGUGAAGGAGACCUGCGCCUGGUUCAGCACCAACUACGCCAACGCCAGGAAGUGAUGGGUCAAUGCUGCGCCGGCAUCAUCCUCUUCAACUCAGGGUUGUCCUUUGCUGGGGCAGAGGACGGGGCUGGGGGGGGACACAGUGACGUUUCCAAAGUACAAAAGGGCCACCAGAGCCCACUGCGAAGCCACCAUGGUCCCACCUGCUGCUGGGAGCAGUGUGGGAUGCUCAGUGCAGGUGGAAAGGACGUUUGGGCACCCCGAAAGGUGCUGGGACCCCAGACUAGAUGGUAGCAACCAACUAGAGCCACAGCCUUUGCUGUGUCCAAGAAGCUGGUGGCUCUGGCUGGGCUCUAAUGGGUUACACUACUAAUUACCUGUAAUUAGGCUGUAAUAAAGGGAAGGUGAUCAGGGUUCCUCUGGCACAGGAAUGGCAA